AAGACAGCAAUGAGAGAGGAUGUAUCCGCAUGUCAAUGGAAAUUAAAUACGCCGAGUUUUGGCUAAAAGACAACUUAUUCUCCGUCAAUUCUUCCUACGAAUGCAACGUUGAGCUGCAACCACCUCAACAGGUUAUGGGCCCAGGAGUCAUUCGAAGGUAAAGUCAGUUUCCACCGUGUGGAAGUUCGCGAAGGACAGUGUGCUCACGGACUGCUGAUUAGCGGAAAAAGCUAACAAGCAACAUGGAUCCACGAGGAACAAGUAGGUUAUCUCGACUGGCAUUUGACGGAGAUGAAGCUAAAUAUGAACUCUGGGAAACUAAAAUCUUGGGACAUUUUCUAAUCGGGCUAAAGCACACAGUGCUGGUAGGACCAAACACUGAAGCAGAGAGAGAAAAUGAUGAAAUGAAAAAUGCGGACGCGUAUGCUGAAAUGAUACAACUUCUUGAUGAUAAAAGCCUUUCAUUAAUAAUGAGAGAUUGGCCAAAUGACGGAAGAAAAGCUCUGAAAAUAUUAAGAGAAUAUUAUGCUGGGAAGGGAAAACCCAGGAUUAUAAAUUUGUACACCAUGCUAACAUCUCUUCAAAAGGGAACCGAAGAAAGCAUAGUGGACUACAUAAUAAGAGCUGAGACCGCCAUCACAGCAUUGCGAAAUGCAGGUGAAACAAUGGCAGAUGGUCUACUUAUCGCAAUGGUCUUGAAGGGGCUGUCAGAAAGUUACAAGCCAUUUACAAUUCAUGUGGCGCAUACUGAUGAGAACAUGACAUUUGCUGAAUUCAAAACCAAACUCCGAAGUUUUGAAGAAACGGAAAAAUUAAAUGCAGCAAAAUCAAGCAACAGAGUGAUGAAGACUCAAGCAAGAGCUUCAAAGCAAGCCACAAAAGCAAACGCUCAUGACCGGAUCAAAGACGACACAGAGUUGGUGUGCUUCAAAUGUGGGAUCAAAGGCUACCGUGCAAAAUCAUGUCGACAAAAGACAUGGUGUAGUCGUUGCAAAACGGACACGCACAAAGAUGCCACUUGCAGACGCAAGGUCAAACCGGACGGAGCGAGAAAAAUCGCUGAAGAUGAAGAUGCUGACUUCGUGUUCAAGGUGAGAGAUGAACAGCCCGACACCAGGCGGCAGGAUACACACAGCAUCCGGGAACGAGGCCUGAUGGUGGACACGGGAGCGACAUCUCAUAUCAUCACUGACGUGACCAAGUUCAAAAGAUUCCAGGAGACGUUCAAACCAGAGAACCACAGCGUCGAGUUGGCAGAUGGUACCCGGUGCAGUGGAGUCGCACUAAAAAGAAAAGAUGCGGAGUGCCACCUGAUUGACAACGGAUGACAUGAUUGCUGAUAUCAUGACAAAACCUGUAACAAAGUUAAAAUUGAAGAAGUUUUACAGUGUUAUUGUUGGAAUUUGAAAUUUAAAAGUUCAUUUGGUUGUUAAAAAGGCCAUCAACAUGAGAACAAGUGGGGGUGUUGAGAGAAAUGGUGGAGGAAAUGUUUUGUAUUCAUAAAUGUGUCCUCAGUUGAUGUGGAAAUAAUGCUCCUAUUGGUUGUUAUAAUUGACAUAUUAUCUUUUCGCCACAAGAUGGCAGGAUGGGACUUAAAUGUCUAAAGUGCUACUUUUAUUACUUCUUUGUGUUUGACUUUGAUUACUUUGAUUUGCGGGAUUGCCUAUGAAGACAGCAAUGAGAGAGGAUGUAUCCGCAUGUCAAUGGAAAUUAAAUACGCCGAGUUUUGGCUAAAAGACAACUUAUUCUCCGUCAAUUCUUCGUACGAAUGCAACGUUGAGCUGCAACCACCUCAACAAAUGUUGACUAGUCCCUUCAUCAGUAGUCACCCGGUGUCCCCUUCCCAGAGGGGAGGGGCUACUUUUUCAGCCGCAGCUGCCUGACUAUCC